AUGAGGAAUGCUAACACGGGGCAGAAGAGAAACAGAACUUGGCAUGGUGUACACAGAGGAGUGAGAAUGCUGGCCUGGGGGAAAUGGGUAUCCGAGAUCCGACAGCCCAAGAAGAAGUCCAGGAUGUGGCUCGGCACCUUCGCCACCGCCGCGCGGGCCCACGACGCCGCCGCCAUCGCCGUCAAUGGCGGCGCCGCCAUCCUCAACUUCCCGGAGAUAUCCGAUCCCCGCCCCGCCCCGCCACCUCCUCGCCGCAGGACGUCCACCAGCUGCAGGCUGAUCAUGCGUCGGCGGUGGAGCUGGGACUGGGAGAGAUAG